GGCGGACAGAGAGGUGGCGUUUUACUUUAAAGAAACAUAUACAUGGUCGUUCAGCAUAUAUAUUUUUAUGGUAAUAUUUCAGAGAGAGAGGUGGCGUGUGUAUGGUCAUGAUCUAUGACUCUUCUACUCACUGAGGCGUUGGUUGAGUUAAUAAUCCAAGCUUCAAAUUCAUGCCUUCGUCAUCUCUGGAAGAUAGCUAAGUGUGUAUGGUGUACCCUUUGUCUUAUUUCCAUCGUGUGUUUUCCCUACGUAAUUGCUUUCCUCUGUUUUCCAUGUUUUUGAUUUUUGAACUAUUUGCUCUGUGCUCUCAUAUUGACUGGAUAGUUUAUCUGGGUAUUAGAGAAUGCUUAUUAAAAAGUUUGCAGAAUAAGCAUUAUUGUACCCAGAGCUACAGUACUGCUAUCAGAAAGCCUAACAUCAUGUAUAUAUCAUGCUCGACACCCACGAUCCAAGAUUCUUGUGCUGAAAGGUGAAAUAAUGCCAUCGUGGGAGAUGCGAUCUAUCGUGUCACGAUGCAUCAUGAGUUUCACGAUCAUAUAAAAAUAAAAUUGUGUCACGAUACAAUUGUUUCACUGAAAUGCUAGCGUCAAGUCGUAUAAGUUCGCCAGAAUUUCAGAAAACCUACCAUAGUAAUCCAUGCCUCGUCAUUAUGGCUCCGGUUCUUGUUUGAAUCGAAAGCAAAAUUCAUCGUGCGCCAAUUGAGUCUUGUUUUUAUGUCCCGUCUAAAGCGCCCUCCGCCCAUUUUAUAAAGUACAACGCUAACCUCUGACUUAUAAGUUCGCCAUAUGACGUGUAAGUUUGCCAUAUCGUUUUUAUGUAAAUUCUGACUAAAAAUCGACAUAUUCCAUAAAUAAUAGACAUAUUUCAUGUUCUCGUGAGCUCCAUGAUGUAUUUAAAUCAUUAUUAGCAUUUUUUGUGGGUGGCGAACUUAAAAGUACCACGCAUGAUUGUAAUUGACUGAGCGAGAUUGACCGAUAAGAAGGUUUAUAUAUAUAUAAUCAAACAAUUUCGGUAAGUAGAAUAUUCGAAAAUCUAUUUCACGGCAAAUUUGUUCUUCUGUCUUCUUUUUGUUCUUCUAGAAAACUUAUGCGGACGUGUCUACGAAAGAGAAAAAAGAAGUACAAUAUUCAUGUGACAUGGCUCCAAAGUAUAUGAAAUGGUCUGAAGAAGAGAUGGUGAAUGCUGUGAGUGCAGUGGUAGAUGACGGCAUGUCAAUUUCUGAGGCGUUAAGAGUUUUUGAUAUCCCACGAAAAACGUUAUCGGACAAAGUCCAUAACAACCAUCCUUUAAAAUCAGGACGGCAAACUGAGCUAAUGGCAGAUGAGGAAAAAAGCUUGGUGGUGUGCAUCAAAUACAUGUCGAAUCAUGCUUUCCCCCUGACCAUUCCUAUUAUAAAGUCAUACACAUGGAACAUUGUAAAGAGAUCAGGAAGGGAAAGUGGAUUCAAUGUUGAGAAUGGUCCCGGGAAAACGUGGUGGAACGAGUUCCAUAAACGCCAUUUAAUUGAUGUAGCAAUCAGAAAGCCAGAUUUGCUGGACAGAGGAAGGGUGAGGAUGGCAAAUCCUGUUGUUAUAAACAGACACUUUUUGACUUUGGGAAACCUUUUGAAAAGUGAGAAUUUAAUGGACAAGCCUGGAACAAUAUUUAAUGUAGAUGAAUCGGGGAUGAAUUUAGAGUUGAGGAAGGGAAAGGUUGUCAUUGAUCGAAGCCAGAAGCAUGCGUAUUCGCAAGGUAAAGGGUCGCGGGAACACGUCACUGUUAAUUGCUGUGUUUCUCCAGGCGGACUGAUGGUUCCACCUUUUAUUAUUUAUGAGAAGUCUUUUCCAAGCGGAAACUACUCUGCCAAUGGCCCCACUGAUGCUCUAUAUGGCAAAUCCGACAAUGGAUAUAUGGACGAAGACCUGUUCUUCAAGUGGUUUACUCGUUUAUUUGUUCCAAAAACUAAACACGUGGGGAAAAGAAUCUUGAUAAUUGAUGGCCACGGAUCCCACAUCAACCUCAAUUUGAUAGAUGCUGCUAGGGAGAACCAAGUUAUCUUGUAUUGCCUCCCCCCUCACACAGCUCAUGUGCUUCAGCCAUUGGAUGUUGGAUUGUAUGGUCCACUCAAGACAUACUUCAGCAGAAUUACUGACAAGAUUCAGAUUGCAAGGUUGGGCAUCACGAGAAAUGGUCAGAUUUCCAAAACUGAAUUUUCUGCUGUUUUUAAGCUGGAGUACGAGGAAACCUUUAGCUACGCUCGCAUCCUUUCAUCAUUUCGGUCAUGUGGCAUAUACCCGUUUUAUGCCAUCUACUUUUAAGCCUUCGUCAACUGUACCGCCAACUGCAUCGUCAACUCUACUGCCACCUGUACCGUCAAGGGCAUCGUAAACUCUACCGCUACCUGUACCGCCAACUGCAUUGUCAACUCUACCGCCACCUUUAU